AUGCGCUCCACGUCCUCCAACUCACUCCCCGGCCGCCCAUGGACUCCGCCCGAGGACGUCUUCGGAGAGACCCAUGCGCCCGACUUCACGCCUCCUCUUAACCAACACGGCGGCUCUUUACAGUCUUCUCCUCUGCAACAGGACGUGGCCGAAGCGAAACGCCCUCGCAAGUUGGAGAUCCGUGCGACUGGACUCAAGCAUACGGAAAGCACGUUAGAGGCUUCUCCCGAGCUGAGCGCACCCGAAGACUUGUCCAGAGCCGGCGCGCAAACCCCAUCGCAUGGAUCCUAUGUCAAAACCAUGCCUGCGCAUAAUACACACCCUUUCAUCGCAGACCCUAUAACGCCAAUCAAGACUCCGUGGAGCUCUGGUCUUCUACCGAACAAUGACAUACCACAAUAUCCUUAUACGCCCGAGUCUAUUCGCACAACUAAGUCGUAUGGCGUUCGGCCGCUCUCACCGCUUCCGUCAAUGCCCUGGGAUACGAAAGACUCGUGCUCUUCUCCUAUGCAAGAGGCGUUAUUAUCGUGCGCGUCGAACCUGGAAAGCUUGAUCUUGAGUCGCGAACCCACGGAUGAACAAAUGGAGUACCUAGUUACCAAAUUCGAAGAAAUGGCGGGAUUCCUCUCUGCUCCUGACUCCCAAUCAAAGCAGACUGACGACCAUCUGUUCUCUGAGCUUGAUGGAACUCCAGAUGCUACUGGUCUGGGCAUCGUAACAGAAGAAGCUACCAAAGAUCACGUAGACGCACAUGAUCUCGCUCUGAGUCAAGGCUACAUCCUAGAAGUCGGGAAGUACAUCGAGAGCGUGAAGGGUUAUGUGAAUGACCUGACGAUGCGGAUGGAAGAAGUGAAGCAGCUGAACUCUAUCCAACUCGACGUAAUUGGUGAAUUACGAAGGGAUCUCAGGAAGAGAAUCCCUCAGCCGAAGAAAGGAAAGGUUGAGCCUGCUGAGAACCCAGACCUUGGGAAGAACAUCCUUCCUCGGAGGAACGGCUUCUGGUCUUCAAUAAGCGAAGCUUUAGACUCUGUGAGUGAGAUGCUGCACGAAUGGUGA